AUGCCGGCUUCACUAUUGUUCUAUGUUGAGCCCAAAUCCAAGUUUCCUCCUCAAACUAAUCGUUUAGUUGGAGCCAUCAUUUCCUUCUUUAUUCUAAAGAAAAUAUCAUCUGAGCCAACUUUUAGUGGUACCCAUUUUCCUGUAACCCAGAGUAGAGCCAAGUUGGAUCUUAUAAAAAGCAAUAGUAAUUUCUUGAUAGUUGUGAAACUAUCACCUUCUGAUCCUGCAAUUUUGUCCGUACAUGUUCAAACUACAGAACAAGUUAUGAAAUUCUUUGUUACUCGUCAGAAUGCUCUUAGUACAUCGUUUAACUGUUUUAUUCACCAAAUCCUCCUAAAGGCCAAUGCAACAUGGAAGAACGACUCUGAUUGUUGUGUUGAAGGUGAGGUUUACAUAACCUACAAAUGCUCGCCACGAGUGACCAGGCAUACCAAGGCAGUUCUAACCCUCAACAGCUUUGAGAAGGGAGCCGAUGGAUGUGGCCCAUCCGAAUGUGACAAGAGGUUCCACUUUGAUGAUCUGAAAAUUGUGGCACUGUCAACAGGAUGGUUCAACAAAAAGAAGAGAUGCUUCCACAAUAUCACUAUAUGGGGAAAUGGACGCAGCGUGGCAGCCAUAGUGGUUGAUGAGUGUGAUUCCACGAUGGGAUGUGACGAUAAGCAUGAUUAUCAACCUCCUUGUGCUAACAACGUUUUUGAUGCCUUUAAGGCUGUCUGGAAAGCCCUCUGAGUGCCCAAGAAAUAUAGGGGUGACUUGAAUAUUACUUGGUCUUAA